UAACCAACAAUUCAUUCAUUUAGCGCAGCAGAAUCAGUUUGACAACGAAGCCCACCCCCCGUCAACGCACAAGUCAAGGCCGGAGCUCACUGCAAUCUCCGAUCUCAAAUGGACGGCGGCGGCGGCGGAGGAGGUGGCCCGGCUCCGUUCCUCUUGAAGACGUACGAGAUGGUGGAUGAUCCCACGACCAACGCCAUCGUCUCAUGGAGCCGAACGGGGAAGAGCUUCGUCGUGUGGAACCCGCCGGAAUUCGCCCGCGUCCUUCUUCCAUCCUACUUCAAGCACAACAAUUUCUCCAGCUUCAUCCGCCAGCUCAACACCUAUGGAUUUAGGAAGAUCGAUCCAGAAAAAUGGGAAUUCGCCAACGACGAAUUUAUGAAAGAUCAAAAGCAUCUCCUAAAGAACAUUCACCGGAGGAAGCCUAUCCACAGCCACAGUCAGCCUCAAGGGUCCGUUGAUCCCGAAAGAGCUGCUUUUGAGGAAGAAAUAGAUAAACUGUCGCGUGAAAAAUCCGUUCUUGAAGAACAAGUGUUGGGAUUCAAGGAUCAGCAGUCUGCAGCGAAAGCACAAUUGGAAGAUCUGAUGCCACGCAUCGGUUCCAUAGAACAAAGGCAGGAGAGAUUGCUAAGCUUCCUUGAAAAAUCAGUUCAAAAUCCCGAGUUUGUUAAACGGCUAGUCCAAAAGCUUGAGUCAAUGGAUUUUUCAGCGUAUAAUAAGAAACGGAGGCUCCCUCAGGCAGAUAAUUCGGUGUCGGUUCAGGAAAAUGCUUUGGUCGACAAUCAAAGCAGCUGUCAGCCGAACUUGUGCGACAUUUCUCAUCAAGACUUUUGCAACAAACUCAGGCUGGAGCUAUCGCCCACGGUUACAAAUGCCGACUUGCUUUGUCAUAGCACCCAAAGCUCGAACGAAGAUGGGGCGAGUCCUCCGGGAAGGAUGAACGGAUUCUCUAGCGACAUACCUGCAGCGGGAACUGCCGGUGUCCUGAGCCCGUCAGAAACGGUGGAGCUGUCCGACACCGGGGCCUCCUUCAACUUAAAGACGGGCUCGUCCAUAUCUAGUAGAGCGGGGCCCGAAAGCCCUCGACUGCAUUCCUUGCAUCACGGCUUGAGCUUGGCUUCAAACGAUGAAGGGGACGGCCACAUCUCCUGCCGCCUAAACCUCACUCUUGCAUCCUCUCAUUUGGAACUGAACAAUAGCCGGAACCCUGAUGGGACGCCGAGCCCUGAAGUCGUCGGCACACUCUCAAGGCUGAACAGCAAUGAUCAGAAUGAAGAAAUCAUUGGUCGCACGGCUGCCCCCCUGGAGGCGGAUGGAACAGUAUCCUCCGAGGGUCCUCGAAGAUUAUUUUCCUCCUCCUUGGCUGAGCCGGAGCGCAACAAACAAGGGCCGCGGAGCCAGGUUAACGACUUUUUCUGGGAACAAUUUUUAACUGAAAGGCCGGGGUGCGCGGACGGCACGGAAGAGGCCAGUUCAGGCUUUAAGGCGAACCACCAUUGCGAUUGCGAGGAACAGGAAGACGGGAAAUCGUCUGUGAAAGGAAUAGCGCGGAACACGGAAGGUAUGCAUGUAUAUCCUUCAGCGUUGCAGUUGGACCCAGCCAGCCAGCCAGCAAUCACCGUUGUAUCUGCACUGCGACGCAAACGAGUAUCGAAUGGCCUCCUAGUAUUUACUCGGAAUCGGAAGGAAGGAUCAACGAAUAUGCCAUUUCGUAGUGGCCUGCGUGAUCAUUUUUGA